AGGUGUGUCUCAAGUUAACGUCGACGUCAAAACAGUAGGUCUGGGAUUGAGUGUGAACCAUAUAUAAGGGUUUUGCUCAUCAACCACGUCGAGUCUUGCAACAAGCAAGGCUCGCUCAAGACGACGGUCGCAUACCUUGAAGUUAACACCGGCUUCCACACCUGGCCUGAGCUCAACUUCGUCGUAUUCCUAUUCGUCUUCCUCAUCCUCGUCCUUAUCUUCAUCACGAACUACAUCGUGCUGCAAACCACCAUACAUACAUUUGUGCGACUUGCUCACUCCCGCGGACACUCGCGUACACCCCUCCCAGACACAGACACCCUCUGCAGUGUCUACGCCACCACCAUCAUCACGGAAACGACCACAGGGCUUUGUCGUUUCUCCUGCAUUAUUACCUUCCAUGCGCGACUUGCUCUCCGAGAAACUUGACCAGGAACUGAGUCCAGACGAUGACGAAGACAUGGCCAGUGUUAUAUAUACUGCUAGACGCACUCGAAGCAAUCAAGAUAUACACCGUCACAAUAAUACACGAGUAGUGAAGGACUCACGAGCGAGCGGGUUCCAUGCAUUCCUGAGUGUAGGCCUUGGCUGGCGGAAGCCCAAAUCACAGCAGAUAACGACUGCUCCAGGACAAUUGGGUGCGGGUGAGACCGAGACCGAGACUGACGAACCUCCGCGCCAUCUUCCGACGACGCGUAUCCUACCUGCCUCAGAGCCAUUAGUUCCACCAAGCACUCUGACAACUCUACUUUUCGAUGCAUCGCGCCUCUUGUCUGUCGUCCCUGCUUCAUUAGGCGCCCUAAUAAACGCCUGGUGUAUGUGGAAACCUCCAGGACUGUACUCAGAACACGUCGCCCCCGGUUCAUGCUCUCGAAUAAACCGGGAGCAUGACAGUUGGGGUCGCAUCGCCCUGCCGGACAGAGCUGAUUAUUUCCUGGCCGUUCUUUGGGCGUUACUAACGGCACACCAAUGCCUCCAGUUAACAACCGGACUCCUUCACCGGUGGCGUGCCUACUACGCCCCUUUAUCCACGCUAAUACGCCUUCUCGCUUUGCAGGCCAUUUGUUGGCCUGCAACCCACUUUACGCUCGACAUCCUUGGCGGACUAGGGGUUAAUGUCGAUGUCGCAUUCCCUACACUAAAUAUCCUGGACAAUGCACUGCUGCGUUGGACCACAAUACGUCCAGAUGUGUGCUGGGCUGUUAUAGGGACGACGACGUGCAUUUCUCGUAGCAUUCAAAUAUGGGUGACAAGCAACCUUCUCCCGUCAGAUACAGGCACUCGCGCAUCCGCGGUCCCUGAUCGUCUACGGCCGCAUGUGAAACUCAAGGGUGAGGAGACACGCAAGUUGGCUGGACGCCGGUGGGAUUGGGGUAUCGUUGCAAGAGUCUGCAUAUUACCUGCAGGGUUUUUGUAUUUUGUCAUGGCGUGGAUAGGUGCGUGGAGAAGGGAGACUUGGGACUGCUAGAGCGAUAGGUCGCUUCCCUUUGUACCUGCUGUGUAGUUUUAUGGGCCGACGUCCCCGUAUGUCGACUAUACAUCAGGCUAUACUAAGUACUAUGUUAAUUUCCUAUGAGAAGGCUGAGCUAUCACAUCAUGAUAUUGUGCAAC